UGCCCGCCCCCGCCCGCACUAGGCGCCUCGCAGGGCGCCGCAGACAGUCCUGAGUCCUCCUGGGAUGCCCUGGCGGCCCCUCAUGGAGCCGGCACCCGGCGCUCCCCGGGGCCACGGCGGGGGCGAGGCGCUGCUGGGUGAGCUGGAGACGCUGGUUCAGGACGUGGUGAGGACGAGCUCUUGGUGGGAGCGCCACGGUGUGGACUGCGCCAUCCUCGCGCUCAGCCUCCUCUCGGUGCCGGCCGGGUUCUUAAGCCUGCGCUCUGAGAAUGUCCUCGUCCUUGCACUGGGCAUCAUCAUCCUGGGUGUGUGCCACUACACACUCACGGUCAAGGGCAGCCACCUGGCCACACACGGUGCCCUCACCGAGUCAAAACGCUGGAGCAGGAUCUGGGAGCUUUUCUUUGUGGAGGUAUGCUCGUCCUUCUCUGCAGAGUACGGCAAGUAUGGACACGUCAAGAUGCACCAUGGUUACACCAAUGUGUUGGGCCUUGGGGACUCGAGCACGUGGAGGCUGCCUUGCCUCAACCGCUACGUGUACAUGUUCCUUGCUCCUCUCUUGAUCCCCGUCCUCACCCCAUUGGUGGCUGUUGAGCGGCUGAGAAAGGUGGAGCUCAGGUCGGGGGUGCGGACGCUGGGCCUGAUUUCCCUGGGCCUCUAUGCUCACUACUGGUUGCUUCUGAAUGUGUCUGGCUUCGGGAGCCCCGGCUCGGCCCUGCUGUGCAUGUUCACCACCAGGUCCCUGCUGGCCCACCCUUACCUCCACAUCAACAUCUUCCAGCACAUUGGGCUGCCCAUGUUCUCUCGGGACAAGAAGCCUCAGAGGAUUCACAUGAUGAGCCUGGGUGUGCUGAACCUGCCCCGACUGCCUGUACUGGAAUGGGCAUUCGGCCACUCCAUUGUCAGCUGUCACGUGGAGCACCACCUCUUCCCCCGGCUCUCUGACAACAUGUGCCUGAAGGUGAAGCCCGUGGUGUCCCGGUUCCUCCAGGAGAAGCGGCUGCCUUACAACGAGGACUCCUACCUGGCUCGCUUCCGGCUGUUCCUCAGUCGCUAUGAGGAGUUCAUGGUGCAGACCCCUCCCAUCACAGAGCUGGUGGGAUUGCAGUAAAAGGGUGGGGGGGCGCCCCCUGCGCCCUGCCUCCCCACCCCCCAGCCCGAUCCUAGCUCUCUUGCUUCUGCUGGCCUUCCCUCAGUCCAGGAGGGCAUGGGCCCUUCCCCAGGGCGGUGGCUUGGCUGCUGGUGGUGGAGUGGGGAGGCACUGGGGGCAGUGAGGUGGAGAGCUCAGGCUGGGAUUUCUGGAGAAACCCGCUUGCUUUUCUGGGUUUGGAGGGAUAUCUGGGGGAAAGGAAUAACAGUGGUGGGCAUUCUGGUCAGUCUGGAUCUCAGCCAACUUCAUCUUGGGGUGGGGUGGGGGAGGAUUCCUCCCCUGCUGUGUCUGAGCCUUGAUAGGGCUAUGGGAAGGUGAUGGGGAAUGGGGAUAGGAGAGGCCCUGGGCAGGGCAGUAGGUGAGGAGAGCGAAGGGUCAGGCCUUCAGGGCCUCCCGGGCGCCAGGAGACCCCAUGCUCAACUGCCCACUGCUUCUUCCUGUGUUCUUUGAGGCUGUGUCCCCCAAAGAGCCCUCUCCCCAGGGGCCACAGGGAGAGGUUACUUUUUUAAAAAAUUAAAAAAAAUUUUUUUUUUCUUUAUUUUUGAGAGACGGAGUCAGAG